AACUAAAUAUUUGACACAUAUCUGUCAACGUCAUAUUCACUGGAAAUUAGAUAAAUAUAACUUGUAUGUUUUCAUCAUUUACAACACGCUGAAAUUAGAUUAUUUCAAGCCAAUUUUAAAGAAAAUAACGAUAUCAAAUUUUGAUUUUUAACCUUAUAAUUCCAGUAAUAGAACUUUGAUGUGAACUUUAACGAUUGAUAAGGAGGCAUACGCAUUACAAAAACAGUGCAAUCAAAUUAUGAACAUAGAUUGAGAAGCAAUCCUUAUGUCUAUUGUAAAACAAAAUUACCAAAUUGAUAUUAAUGGCGACAAAGUUUCGGUGAAUGAUAGCGAUCAAAUCAACGACACAAUCUCUGGUAUACCCGGGACAGUUAAUACGCUCCACGAUCAAACGAUCGAGGAGAAAACAGUACCUCAGGUUUGUGAUGCAGAAGACAUAAAAAAUGAAGAAGACAACAAUAAGCCGAAUACAGUGAACUUGAUUGACAUUUACUUGCUAAAACAAAACAGUAUGGCUAUUUAUUAUGGAUGGCAAAUCGUUUGCCUUAUUAUUUUCAUUUUUACCGCAUACGAAACAUUACAAAGUGUUCUGCCAAAAGGUGAAAAAUAUCCAGAGCCGCAACGGUUUUUCUCUACUGAUUCGUUCGUACAGGAUUAUCCGCAUGGGAAUUUAGGUGUGGUGCAGAAAAAAGUCGCCUUAUCCGAUUUAUCGUUUGUUGUUUUUUAUGCACCAUGGUCAGCGGACAGCCAACAUGCAAAACCAACCAUCGAAACGAUCUCAAAGAAAUUCUAUCGGGAAGCCAAUUUUAUGGCAAUAAAUUGCUGGCAACCUGACGGCGAGUGUCGUAUGCAAUACAAAAAAGUGAUGUCAUGGCCGGUUCUGAUGGCUUAUUCAAGGAAUAACAUUGCCGUACCAUAUAAUGGACAGUGGACAGAGUCCGCAUUAGCCAGAUUCGUAUAUUUGAUGAUGAGACCUUUGCACCGAAUUAGCCAACCAGAGCAAUUGCUAGAGAUAAUUCAUAACCAUGAUGCUGUUGUUACACUAUUUGUAAAUAUGGACACAGGCCAUACGUUCUACAAUAUUUUCCAUCAAGCGGCAACAAAGUGGUUGGAAACAGAUCCGGUUGGUGAUGUGGCUUUUGUUGUUGUAACUGGCGAAACCAUGAACCAGUUUGGAAUUGAACGGGAGCCAUCGCUACGUCUGUACCUGUGGAAUCGCACUGUCGAAUAUGAGGAUGAAGUGUGGAAAGCAUCACUAAUCCACAAGUGGAUCGUUUCAAACAAACAACAAGUUACACAGUGGCUAGCACCACCUGGAUCAAGGUCAAGGGAAUUUGAUGCGUUUGUCACAAAGGGGCCCGUUCUGGUUUUGUUUACACCACGCAAUUUAUGUGACUUCCCAAGCGAUGCUUAUGCAAUGAUCCGUCAAAUUGGCUAUGAAUAUUACAAUUGCGCAAAUGAUGCAUGGUUGAAUGAAAUGGGACGCACUUAUAUUUACAAUCAACGAAAAAUCAACAUUAGGGAUUAUUAUUUGCAAAAAAAGGAAUGUGAAUUAUUAGCCAAUUGGAAAAACUCGGUGGCUAACAAGUGUCCACCAUUCGAACGACAUUCAUUUGUUGGCAUUGGGAAUUCAUCAAAGAUUCACUUCAAUACUGUUAAAAGUAACAGCAAAGUGGAUGGAUACUGUGAAAAAUUACCGGAAUCCUAUGAACAGAUCUACGAAAAGUCGACAUUCACUUUGAAUGGAUUGCCUAUCUCAAUUGUUGACACCAAAAAUGACCUCCGAUCAUCUGAAAAUAUUUUCGCUGAAUGGAAGGAUAUUCACUGUAAAAUGAUCAACCUUUCAAAGAAACUGCGAUCGCAAAUAUUUCAAGAUAAACUCUUGAAAAAGAACAACAACUCAAGUCAAUUUGGCUUUCACAAGAUCACUGGACUUGCAUGCAAAACGAAUAAAACUCUAUCGUUCCUGGCAAUGGAUAGUCUAAACUACGGACUUGUCGCUGAAAAAUUGGGCAUUUCAUUGAAAAAUGUUGCACAAAACACGGCAGCUGUUAUUAUUGAUGCACAGGAUGAAUCUUCGUACGUGCUGAAAGACACAUUAUCAACAAUAAAUUUAAUUGACUUCGUUUAUAACUACACCAUGCGUAAAGUAUCACGUCAUUUGCGACACGAUCAAAAUACAACACAUUCACACUUUUAUCGCUCUGUCAAUAGUCAAAGUGACCAAAAUUAUCCAAAUGUUGAUAAAAAAAUCACAAAACGGAAAUUUGAGUCGAUUGUUAUACCAACCAUAUCUUCAGAUAAUUUUACAAAUUUCCUCUCAGAUCCGCAUCGGACCGUGGCUGUGCUUUUCACAUCAUCACAAUGUGCGUUUUGUACAAUUUUUUCGGGUAUUUUGUUGACUGUAUCAAGAAUAUUGCGUGAUGCGGACUACAUAAAAUUCGCUCGCAUCGACAGUGAUAAGAAUGAUUUACCUUGGCAGUAUACAAUGGAAACUAUACCGGCUUUCAUAGUUUUCAAUAACAAAUUGGAGAGUAGAAAAUAUCCGAGCGAUAUGGAGGUGACGGUACAGAAUGUGUUGGGCUUUGUUUUAUCAAAUCUAAAUAGAUCGAAUCGGUUGAGAGCUAUUGCAUCCAUUGUGAAAUAUGGGAAUCAACAAAAGCAAUCGAUUGAAAGUGCAAUAAGUGUGCUACGACGUGAGACUGAAGAUAAUAUUAUUGAUAGUUUACGCGCUUGGCGACUCAACACUCGAAAAAGAAAUUAUAUUCUUCGACGCAUACAAGCACUGCGUCGCCUUUAUUUCACGCUUUACAGUCAAGCGUCGAACCGUGAUUUAAAUAAAGUGGACGAACUUAUCAAAGAGGUAUUGGUGGUUUGGAUGCAUGACACCUCUGUCUGAGGUUCAACGACUGAUGACACCUAACCGAAAUGAUAUUCCAUCGAAAAGAUUCAACGCUAUUUAUUACUUACGUUUUAGCAUUACGUCUAAAUUUGUCCAAUCUACCAAAUUAUAUCAAGCGGAAAAGAGACACCUGUCAAAACUGUAAAUAAAAAUUUAUUUAAAAUUUUACUGCGAACUAUAGUCCUUUUGAAUUGUAAUAGAUUUGAGCAUAUAUUUUUUUGUAAGACCCGCCAAACCAAUUCAUUCCUUAUUUGAUAAGAAAUUUAAUAACAAACGGGAAUAACGAAAAUGAACUUGAA